AUGACUUCCUCGCAAACAGCAACUUCACGCACUCCCAUGUCUGGUGGCGGUAGCAGGACCAUCGAGGUCCGGCCACAGCCUGUGCUGCGCCUGUCUGCCCCUUCUGGCGUCCUGCGCCUGCGUGCAGAGCCAGCAGAACAGCGGCGCAUUCAAUGGGCCGAGGAUGUAGUCGACAAUGAAGGAAUGGGCAAGAAAUCGUCAAAAGUUUGCUGCAUCUACCACAAGCCUCGCGCUGCUGACGAAUCGUCCGACGAUGACUCCUCGGACAAUUCCUCGUCAGAUUCAGAUGCCGACUCCGAGCCAGACAACAGCACAGCCAGACCGGCUGGCAGGAGUGGUAAUCAUCGGGGCCGAAAGCCUCAUUCGCACGACCACGGCGACUGUGGAGAUGGACAUGACCAUGGUGAAGAUUCGGGAAAACAACAAAAGCGCACUCGCCAGCGACGCAAGCCCAGCCCGAAUGCUUAUGAGAAAAUGCCAAAGACCAAGAAAUAG